AUGCACUUCGGCAAGACGUACGACGAGCUCCUGCUCUCUCUCCCGCCCGAGAUCAGCGACGGCGCGAUCGAGUACAAGCGGCUCAAAAAGCUGAUCCACGGCAUCGUCGACGAGCUCGAAUCCAUAGGCCUCUCACCGGACCGUCUGCGCGCUCUUCUGGCCGAGCAGGAGCGCGAGCGCGGUCCGGGCGGAGCGGCCCCGGACGCCGAGCACCCGUCCCCCGAUGCCGCUUCCUCUCCCUCUCCCUCUCCCUCUUCCUCUUCCGCGCCCACUAGCCCGUCUCAGCCGGCUUAUGGGAAUGGGAAUGGGCAUGCAAGGGUGGUGUACGAGUUUGCACGGGAACACGACGGAGAGGGCAUCGAGCCGCGGCUGAGGUUUAUUCUGCCCGAUCGGUACUUUGCGCCACAGGCAUCAGGAUCUGGGAUCUCGAGCGUCGACGAGCGCGAGCACGAGUCGCAGUCCGAGGCCGAGUCCUCUGACGAUCCGAACCUCAACGAACCUGAACAGGAACGCACCGCGGAACACGAGCGGAGUUCGAAUGUCGACUACGAGCCUGAGGCGGAUCGGGGCGAAGGCACAAGCGCUGACGGGGCGAGAAACGGCGUCUCCUCUUCUGCGUCUACGCAUCUUAUGAAUCCUCGGGCCGCGCGGUCGCCUGCCCUGCUCUACGCCCUCCAGCGCGGCCUCGCACUCACGGCCGCGCCCAAUAACGGCGUGCGGGCGGGCGCACGUUCGUCGGCCUCGGACGAGGCUCGACAAUGGAAUUCUGCACCGGCGGCAACGCAGCUCGCGAGGGCCGGCGAUCUGAUCGAAUGCGACGGCGCGCACGAGCUCGUCGUCCCCCUCGCGCACGACACCGAGUUCUUCCGCGUGCUCUCGACAGCCCUACACACGCUCGCCGCGCACCUCACGCACGUCCAGGCCGACUUCACCCGCUCGCUCUCCUCCCUCGCCUCCCAGAUCUCCGCCUCCGCCCGCCCGCUCUCCUCCUCCUCCUCUUCCUCCUCCCGCGGACUCAAUUUCAACUUCAACCUCCUCGGGCCGGGCUUCACGCCGCACCGCGCCGGCGCCGACGCGAGCGCCAUCAGCACGCCGCUGCUCUUCGGCCGCGCGCCGGCGCUCAAGAGCGACCUCACGGCGUGGCGCGAGAUCUUCGCGCUGUACGUCGAGAGCGAGGUGUUCGAGCGGCUCGGCGAGCGCGCGCGCGGCGAGCGGAGCGUCGCCGACGCCGAGGUGCGGCUGAAGGCGUUCGCGGAGCGCGUGACGGGCGCGGGGCUGGGCGAUCGGCGGACGCUGAAGUUAAGGGAGAGCAGGGAGGCGCUGGAGAGGUUUUUGAGGCUGAAUAUUCUGUUGCUCGAUCUCAAGAAGUUCCAGCAGGCGAACGCAGAAGCGAUGCGCAAGAUCCUCAAGAAACACGCCAAGCGCACCGCGCUCCCCCUACCCUUAUUGACCGACAACGCCUCGACGCCCGACGCCCUCGCGCUCUUCGUCCCGCCCCUGCUACACACGCUCCCGCGCACGCUCGUCCAAGCCGUCGGGACACAGCUGCUGCCCGUCAUCCCCUCGCUCGACGACUACGCCUGCAUCAUCUGCACCUCCAUCGCGUUCAAGCCCAUCCGGCUCGGCUGCGGCCACCUCUUCUGCGUGCGCUGCCUCGUGAAGCUUCAAAAACGCGGGCGGGAGAGGUGCCCGGUGUGCCGCGCGCCGACGGUCGGGCAGGCGACGAGGGAUAAUGUCGAUUGGGCGCUGAUCAACUUUAUGCAGGAUUGGUUCCCGGAGGAGACGUGGGAGAAGAUGAGGAAUAAUGAGAGGGAGGCGCAGGAGGAGGAGAUGAGGGAGAUGGGGAUCGAGCCGGGGGCUUGUGUCGUGCAGUAG